UUCCACCUUCUUCUGUGCCUGGGGCUACCUGGGCCAGCAGCCUCCGCACACUUUGCCUCUUUUGGCAGGGGAUCAAGGCGUAUGAGGAAAUGCAGGACUCGGCCAUCCGAUGCCCUUAAAUCCACAGCUCUGGGCGACAGCCUACACAGUGAGGCUGAUCCUGGACAGCCGCUAUAUAGAACGCACAGGACAGGUUUUCCGUUCAGCGCCUCAGCGCCUAGCUUGUUUCUACACUCUGAAGCAGAAAUCCAGCUUCAGUCCCAGCGGUCCUGAAUUCUACUCUGUGGUCCCAGCUCUGAUUUCCAGCUCCUAGAUGACCACCUCGACCACCACCAUCACAAAGCCUCUCUCUGGGGGGCUUAAGAAUGAAGGAGAGAAAUUAGAAAAGAUUCUCCAACAAUGGGGAGAAAACAUCCGCCCUGAAAUGAAGGAAGAUAUCCACGACCCCACCUACCAGGAUGAGGAGGGGCCCCCACCCAAGCUGGAGUACGUCUGGAGAAACAUCAUCCUCAUGGUGCUGCUGCACGUGGGAGCCCUGUACGGGAUCACCCUGCUUCCCUCCUGCAAGGUCUACACCUGGCUCUUCGUCUGUGUGUCCUAUUUAUUUUCUGGCCUGGGCAUCACAGCCGGGGCUCAUCGCCUGUGGAGCCACCGAACCUAUAAAGCUCGGCUGCCGUUGCGUCUCUUCCUCAUCAUCGCCAACACCAUGGCUUUCCAGAAUGAUGUGUAUGAAUGGGCCCGAGACCACCGCGCCCACCACAAGUUCACAGAGACGCACGCCGACCCACAUGAUUCCCGGCGGGGCUUUUUCUUCUCUCACGUGGGUUGGCUGCUGGUGCGCAAACACCCGGCUGUCAAAGAGAAGGGCGGGAAGCUGGACAUGUCUGACCUAAAAGCCGAGAAGCUGGUGAUGUUCCAGAGGAGGUACUACAUACCUGGUCUCCUGCUCAUGUGCUUCAUCCUGCCCACGCUGGUGCCCUGGUACUGCUGGGGUGAAACUUUCCGACACAGUUUGUACGUUGCCACGUUCCUGCGCUACGCCUUAGUGCUCAACGCCACCUGGCUGGUGAACAGCGCCGCCCACCUCUACGGCUACCGCCCCUACGACAAGAAGGUUGGCGCCCGGGAGAAUCUGCUGACAUCCAUGGGAGCAAUAGGCGAGGGCUUCCACAACUACCAUCAUGCCUUCCCCUACGACUACUCUGCCAGUGAGUACCGCUGGCACGUCAACUUCACCACGUUCUUCAUCGACUGCAUGGCUGCCCUCGGCCUGGCUUACGACCGGAAGAGAGUGUCCAGGGCGGCUGUCCUAGCCAGGAUUAAAAGGACUGGAGACGGGAGCCACAAGAGUAGCUGAGUUCCUGUUCCAAAUGUCGGCUAUGACAAAGUUUAAUGUUCUGCUGAUAACCACAGAGUAGCACUACCAGAAUGCUAAAGAUGACCUUAACCCACUCCUGUACGGCCUUCCCCCCGCCCCCCAAGGCAGGGUUUCUCUGUGUAAUCCUGGCUGUCCUGGAACUUGCUCUGUAGACCAGGUUGGCCUUAAACUCAGAGAUCUGCCUGCUGCUGCUUCCUGAGUGCUGGGACUAAAGGCGUGUGCCACCACAGCUCACUGUGUACAGCGCUCUUUUAAAAUGUUCAAGUAUCAAAAGGCAACACCUUUCCUUCCUGAUGCUAAGCCGAUACACUUAUCUUUUUAUCCCAUUCCUUCUCUUUAUUUCUCUCACUGUCCCUCGGGUUAACGGUGCCAUCCAUAAGUCCUUUAUUGUCAGCCUUUGAGAGCUUGGCAUCCUUUGGAUAGUCCAGUGGUAAAGUCUUUGCAUUAGAAAACUCACUGAAGCACCCUACCUCAGGGUAGGUGGCUUUCUUUAGAGACAUAACAAUGCCUGGGUGGUGCAUCUUAAUCUUCGUGAUCUCUGGUUUGCUAGGUGGGAGAGGAAAAUAACUUUCUUUGAUAGAGCUAAGAGAGCAGGCAAAUUAUGAAGGGAAAGAAUUGCCAAGCCGGGUAUGAUUCUUAAGCAGGGGUGGUGUUACAUGAAAUGAGUUAUAAGGAAGUCUUUCAGUGGUCAGACCCAGAUGUGGAGCCCCUCUCACAGCACCCUUCCUUUCUCUUGUGAGCCCCAGAGCCUGACAAUGUCAGAACACAGCAGCAAAUCUGAUAUCUAAAUGUUCUUUAGGGUAAGGCUCUAAAGCAACCAUUUAAAAGAGGCUCAUAAGGAGAGGCAGAGUAGAGAAGGGAGUCCCAGGGUUGCCUGUGGCUCCCAUCUCAAGGCAGAGAUGGGGAGGCUGAGGGGCGGUGCUGGUAGGACACUUCUCAGAAGUAACUCCCUGGAAGGGUACCCCAGGGGACUGUCAACUUCCUGAGCAAGGACUCGGUGUGUUGCUGAAACACUUCAAAGCCAGGUCGCCUCAAACUGCCUCUUGGAUUGAUAAAAUCCAGGCUUCGGCCUACAGUGUUAUGCCUAGUCUCCCAUAUCCCUUGCUCUGAACCAGCCCUUCCUGUAGGACUGUCUUGGGGGCAGGCUAGGACCCUCUGGUUCACCUCCAUCUUGCUUUCCUGGCUCCAGUCCAUCUUCCUCUUCUCCUGCUGAUGUGCUCUGUUCCUGGACUUUUCUCCUCUGCCUGGACAGGAAGUCUCCAGUGUGAACUCAGGGCAGUGGGGGUCUGCCUCCUUGCAGCCCCCCCUUCUGUAAACAAUGCUAGGAGCUGUCCCUUGUCUUGAGCAGACAGAGCUGGUUAUCUUCUUCCUGGGCCUUCAGAUCCUCUCCACAUCCACCUCCAGGGCUUCUAACACCUGGAGGGCCCCAGACAAACUCCUGUCUGCCAAACUGUUCUAGAGCUGUUGCUAGCCCCUAUCCUAAGUCUUGACCAUCAAAUGCUGCUGACGUUGCUCUGAGCCAGCCAUGGAGCAGGCACCUGAAAGGUAACAAGAUCAACCUUGGUUUUGGUAUGGCAUCCUGUUCUCUGCACACACUGGAUGGUCUUUCUCCUUGGAAGACUUGCAGGAAAAUCACAGGGCUGAGGCCAGUGUCAAAUACAUAGUGAGACCCUGUCUCAGAAAUACAAAAGAAGGAAAGGCAAGAUAGAAUGAAAGAAAACCUGCACAAACUAUGCAUCUCCUAGGGGAUGAGGCCUCAGAAUCUAAAAGGAACUCUUAUACCUCAGCAAUAAAAAGACAAAUAGUCCAGUUCUCAACUAGCAAAAGUGCUGGACCUCAGAUUUCUACAAGGCAGAAACAGGAGUAGCCAAUAAUUACAUGAAAAGGAGCUCUACAUCAGUAGCCACCAAGGAAAUGCAAAUCAGAAACACAGUGAGUUAGCAUCCCAUACCCACUAGAAUGGCUGUAAUUAUAAUAAUUAAUUUUUAAAAAACAGCAAAAAAAAUGUUACUGAGGAUAUGGAAAAAUUGGAACCAAUUGAUAAGGGAAAUUCUAAGAUGGUGUAGCUGCUUUGAGAAACAUACCAGCCAUUCUCCAGAAAGUUAAAAUGUGAGGUACCAUGUGGCCUGGUAAUGCUGCUCUCUGGUCUACCCAAGAGGAUGAAAACAAACGUCCACAAAAACCCUUGUACAUACGUGUUCACUGCUGCUCCAUGGAAUAGCCCAGCACAAAAGCAAUACAAAUAACCGUCCAAAACUGAGUGAACAUAUGCUGAAAUUUACUCAGCCAUAAAAGAAAACAAAUGAAGUCCUGAUCAUGACAAAACACAGAUGGAGCAGCAAGCACUGUUGUGAGGCCACGAAGUAAGACACAGAAGUCCAUACGUUGCGUAAUUCCUUUUAUGGGAAACGUCCUGAACACACAAAUCUAGAGUCGGGUAAUAGACUGAGUUGCCACGGGCAACAGGACAGCAAAGGUAGUGACUAUUAGUGGGCAUCGUUUUGUAGGGACUGAUUCAACUGUUUAAAAGUUACCUCACCGUGUUGGCUGAACAGCUUAAAUCACAAAGCCUGUACGAGAAAAUAAUGUCUUAUAUUUUUAUUGUUGUUACCAUAGUUUAUAGUUGAAACUCAAACCCAAAUAAAUUAAUAAGGUGUUGGUUAAGUUAAA